GGGAUUGGGAUCAGGAUUGGGAUUGGGAGCGGUCAGGGCGGCAGCGGGGGUCUAGCCCGCCUACAGGCCCUCCUCUGUCCGGGACUCACGGGGCCAGGAACGCCAGGAGGACCGCCAGGAGGAGGAGGACCACCAGGAGGAGGGGGAGGAGGACCCUGCCACCGACCGCCUCCACAAUGUUCAAGAACACCUUCCAGAGCGGCUUCCUGUCCAUCCUCUACAGCAUCGGCAGCAAACCCCUACAGAUCUGGGACAAGAAGGUACGGAAUGGCCAUAUCAAAAGAAUUACCGAUAACGAUAUCCAAUCGCUUGUGCUGGAGAUCGAAGGAACAAACGUCAGCACGACUUACAUCACAUGCCCUGCGGAUCCAAAGAAGACACUGGGUAUUAAACUACCCUUCCUGGUUAUGAUCAUCAAAAACUUGAAGAAGUAUUUCACCUUUGAAGUGCAGGUACUAGACGACAAGAACGUACGUCGGCGGUUCCGGGCAAGUAACUAUCAGAGCACGACCCGAGUCAAACCCUUCAUCUGCACCAUGCCCAUGCGCCUGGACGACGGUUGGAACCAGAUUCAGUUCAACCUGUCCGACUUCACCCGACGGGCGUACGGCACGAACUACAUCGAGACCCUGAGAGUGCAGAUCCACGCGAACUGUCGCAUCCGACGGGUAUACUUCUCAGACAGACUGUAUUCGGAGGAUGAGCUGCCGGCUGAGUUCAAACUGUAUCUCCCAGUACAGAACAAGGCUAAGCAAUAACAGAACUGGAGCACAGCACAAGAGAGGAGCCCUGGGGCUUAAUUCUUAAUUUAAAAAGGACCAUGUGAAAAAGAGAAAUAUUUAGAUAAAAAGUCCAGUGAUAGGGUUCUUUUAUUUAAUACUUUGGUUGUCACCCCCGUUCUGGGGUAUCUGUAAUCGUGUAACAGUUCAAAAUUACAUUUUUAAGUCCAGUGGAGGAUAAGCAGCUUAUGGUGGGCUCUCUGUCCAACCCUGGAACCUGCCCAUGGGGUGACAGUUGACCCCUGGGGGUUUCCUUCUGCGGUCUGCCCUGGUCCGGGAGACACAGAAUCUUCAUCCCGACAAUUCCGGGGUUUCAACUCGCCUUAUGAAGCCGAUUCAGAAACGAUAUUUCGUCUUCUGGUUUUCCUGUCCGUCAUUUUAUAUAUUACCUAGAAAAAAAAAGCAUACCAUGUGUUAUAUAAUCUGGAAGUGAAUAAAAAGGUUUUGUUGUGUUUGUAAA